AUGUCAGGCAUAUUCAGCAAGCUCAUGGCCUACUUGUCGCCAACGCCAGAGAAGCCAACAUUCCGGAUAACAGCCCUCGUCGCGCCCGCAACGUCACAACAAUACUUCUCCGACUCCAGCUUCUCACACGCUGAUCUGAUUGGCAUCAAUGAAACCAUCACCUGCCUAGCCUCUGGACGCGAAUGCAAAGCAGAGUACUUGAAGGAGCACUACGUUAUUGAGUGGGCAGCGGGUAGUAUCAUGGAGAAUGAAGAGGUUGAGAUUGGAGGAGAAACUGUACGCAGAGAGAAAAGGGGACGGCCUAAGAUCUGGGAGGGUUGGUGCAAGGAUGGUGGGAUGGUUUAUUUGAGCCCUACGGAAAGGCUGAGGUGUAUUGAGGGCUAUGAUGAGCAUUUGAGGGAGGAAAGGGAGAGCGAUCGGUUGAAGAAGGCGAAUUCAUUCUAG